CUCAUUUCGACCCUCAAGGCCGACAAAAUGGCCUACAGAAGUCGCUCCUUACUGCUUCUAACGCUCGCUGCAGCACUUCUGGCCGUCGUCAAAGUCAGAGGGCACACCGCCGACGUGAAGAGCGGAACAGAAGCGGUUCUCUCGGUUGAUGAGAAGGAACUGUAUGAAUGUGAAUCGUUGAAGAAACUCGGUGCGCUCAAGCAGGCGUUGGAGGAUGAGCAAUCGCCGCUUCUCCGCCAGAUCUUUGCUGUCCUCUUCCCUUUCGGCCCAGCUUGGAACGCAAUAUUGGGCACCUUCUACAUCAGCUCGAUACCCAACUUCAUCCUCGCGUUUAUACCCGCUGAAAUCAAUGCCAACACGUUGAAUACCAUGACGGCUUUCGCUACCGGCGGACUUCUGUCUGAUGUCUUCCUUCACCUAAUCCCUCACUCGUUCAUGGGCGAACACCAAGGGGAAGGCGUACAUGUGGUGGUGGUCGAAGAGAAGCGCAAUAUUUUAAUUGGACUCGGGAUUUUCGUUGGGUUUGCAACCUUCUUUUUCAUGGAAAAGACUCUUAGAGUGUUGAGCGGAGACGAGGAGGGCGGUCAUUCGCAUUCGCACUCACACAGUCACCAACCACACGUAGAACCAGUUGCAGUAGACGCGUCUGGAGCAAGCAAAUCUGUUUCCCAGAAUGGACUGAAGAACCGCAGUGAGAAGAAUGCAGAAAAGUCGAAUAGUCAAGAUCAAGAAGCCCCGCAUACCGCGUCUUCCGGGCCUUCCAAGCUGUCCGCGUACCUCAAUCUAUUCGGAGACUUUGUCCAUAACAUAACCGAUGGCCUCGCAAUGGCAGCCUCCUUCUACGCAUCCCCAUUGAUUGGUGCGACCACCACUCUGGCAUGUUUCGCGCAUGAAAUUCCCCAUGAAAUUGCCGAUUAUUCCAUCCUCAUCCGGAGCGGCUUCACCAAACGCCAGGCGAUGCAAUCACAAUUUCUGACUGCCAUCGUCCACAAUGCAACCGCAUCCGGUGAAGAACCACCUCUCGUCGACCUCGCCUCUGGGGUGAGGCAGAACGCCACUGGACUAUUGGGGACUACAGUGCAACUCUCUGACCUGGUGAUACCGUUUGUCGCCGGAGGUUUCCUUUACAUCGGAGCUGUGGCCGUUCUCCCGACGUAA